GCAGCGCAAGACAUCAAACGGAAGAAGGAAGUGACCGAACGAAGCGGCACAAACAUCUUUCAUAAGCUUCAAGGACAAAUAAGACAAUCUUCUCGAUGCCAUACAUUCUAAUACGCGGUAAUCUUGCCUCCUACGGACACAAGCAUCCCUUCCGCGUGUUGGUCUCCGGGUUGAAAGCGGCCGACAUCGAACAGCUGAAUCGAUUCCCGUGCGGUGGCUACAGCGAUGAGUCCACCGUCGUCUAUCUGCAGCAUCCGUGUGUGAUACUGACCGCACUGGAGGUGCUAGGAUACCGCGUAGUGGCCUCCUCUUCGACGGCGGUCAAGCAGGACUACAACGAGUACAUGUGGACGAUGCGGAAGGAAUUCAGCGAUCCGGAACCGUACCUGAGCGAAUCCGCUUCGGCCGGCGUGAUCGAGCGUGACAAUCUGGCCAACAGCGGUCGGGAGGGGCAAGGGAACUUUAACGGGCCCAGCAGUAAAAUCGACUUGCCAGAGUAAACACGGAUGGGCAAUCCGGGAAACAGCAGCUGGAGAUGGC